AUGCGCCAUAGUGAAAACAGGCAGUCUGAUUAUCCACAUAGCCCUAAACGGUUCCUAAAGGGCCUAGCGUCCCUGCCGCUUCGCCAACACCUGAAAUCACCCAGUCAACUCGGCUCCAAUGGCAGCAGAUACCCUUCCUCCCACGCCAGGUCGCUCAGCCACGAGGCCUUCCAGUCGAAAAACGUCCAGACGUCCUCUGAAUGGACGAACUUGAUCCCUCCGCUCCCGGCCACGUCUAGAAAUAAUAGCUCUGAUUCCUUUGCCCUGCAAGAAUUGGCUGUUCCUCCCCAGCGGCACUCCAUCGCCAUAUCGCCAAUUUCAUCCAAGAAUCUCCCAGAUAUGCUCCAACCACUGCCUAAUCCCGAAGCUGAACGUGAUUUCGACUUUCCCAAGAUGCCUGCGCCAAAUUCAAGAACGAGUUCCCUGGGGCUGGUAAAAGAGAACCGUAAUCCUUUCAGAAAACAUGACAAACCAGAGUCAAAGCUAAAACGAAAUUCAGAUAUGAACAACGAGCCAAGGGUAGAUCCCAGGCAGGAAUUGCCCACCCAAACGACCCCAACUCAUCCCUUUUCAUCCCUGCUUCCUCCUUUGCAAGAUCAUGAACCAUCCCCCGUCGUUAACCGUACUAUUAGACAUCCACAGACCCAUCCGCAGAUGCAAAAGCCGAGACAAUACGGCCAUCUGCUGCCUUUCUUCAAUAAAAGUAAACAGAGGCCGAUGUCUGAAGAGUUCGACUUCACCCCACACCACACCCCUCCUCCACAACAAUCGCUUCCAGAAACCUUUUCCAACGGUCAUCCAAAUAAUUCUACUCCAAUGCCUCGACAGAUUCAACAACAAGACCUUCAGAAAUCUCUGAAUGGAGUGCUGCAUGCCCAGAGCAAACCACCUUCCUUUCAACCACCUAUUACGCCUCUGGCCCCACGUCGUCAACUAACGCCGAACAGUCUACAUCUGAGUUCGUCUCCUACACAAAACCCAGCCCUUGCUCCUGAUGUUGGAUCAUUGUCACUAAGUAGGAAACAGCUGCUGCAGCUGCAAUUACAGCAAACUCCUCAUGAAACGCGGCUGAGUGCUCCAAGAAAGAGAAAAAUCUGCAAGGUCUGUGACCAACCAAUAGCUGGUCAGUUUGUUAGAGCUCUUGGUAGUGCUUAUCAUGUUGAAUGUUUCACUUGUCACGAAUGUGGCCACCAAUGCUCUUCGAAAUUCUUCCCACAAGACAUCACGCUACCGGAUGGAAGUGUCAGCCAGGUUCCACUAUGCGAAUAUGACUACUUCAAGAAACUAGAUUUAAUUUGCCACAAUUGCAAUUGUGCUUUGAGAGGUCCAUAUAUUACUGCUUUGGGCAACAAAUACCAUGUCGAGCAUUUCAAAUGUUCGGAAUGUGGCAAGGUGUUUGAUUCUGAAGAAAGUUACUACGAGCAUGAAAGUAACAUUUACUGCCACUACCAUUACUCGAAGCUUUUUGCUACCAAAUGUGAAGGUUGUCAGUCUUCUAUCGUUAAACAAUUUGUUGAGUUGUUUAAAGGUGGUAAAAAUCAACAAUGGCAUCCGGAAUGUUAUAUGGUGUACAAAUUCUGGAACGUUUUCAUUACACCUGAUUCAGUUGGUCUUCAAAGCAAAUUUGAGCUUGAAAAACAGAUUGCUUCUACUUUCCUAGAGAGCGACAUAGAUCCCGAGAAGCUUCUUGCGAUCGAGCAGCAGAUCGAAAGUAUAGUUAUGAGGUGUUGGUUAGUUCUAUCUGGAUUUGAAGAAACCUUGGCAUCUUGUAUCUCUGCAAUGCUUCUUUCGGCCUGUACAGGUAACAGGGCAAAUGGCAUUCAAGCUACCAGCAAAUUGAUAGUGUACGUCGAGAUCUUGUUUUCUGCUCUUGACUUUGUCCAGAACAUGUGCAUUGAGUGUAACUCGGAUCCAUCUAAGAGUCAGGAAAAGAGAAACGCUUCUGGUGAAGAGAUUUAUUCUGUUGAUGCGUUUGACAACUUCCAACCUCUUCGAAAAGAGCCCAGAAAUAUUUCUGGAAAGCUUAUGAGCUAUUUGGCCAUUCUCAGGAAAUCUACUCAAAUCGCCAACUCGGGAAGCCUUUCUGCUGAGCUUUUAUCUGUCAUAACAGGCUGUGCUCAUUAUCUUAAGCUUCUUUUCAGAACUGGUCUUAAUAACGCCCUCAAACUCAAUAAGUUGAGAGGUGAUACUAGAGCUUUAGAUGGAUUUCUCAAAUCAGCAAAGCGUUACGAAGAAGUCGAGGAAGGCUUAAAGAAUCCUGCUUCCGGAUUACCUUCUCUUGAAUCCAGAUUGGCUGUUCCUCAAAACGCUACCGACGCGUGCCGGGCAUGCAAAAAGAGUAUUGAGAAGUCGUGUUACAGAUUCAAGAACAUUAGGUGGCACAGAAAAUGCUUUGAGUGUUCUUCCUGUAAAAGGAAGCCUUCGCUGGACUUUAAAGUGGAGAACUUCCUCUGUGGAGCAGAUGAUUCUUUGCUUUGUGUCGAGUGUUCCAAACUGAACGCAAAGGCUGGUAUGGGUUACCAAUUCGGUUUCACGUCGGUGUCUGAUUUAUCACAAUUGAUCUAUCUUUUAAAGAUCGCCAUGUUCCGUACUAAGGCUGCGAUAAGAAAGGAUGACGACCCACUGAAGAAGGUUGAACAAGGUGGCAUGCGUCCACAGAUGUCCAAUAUUGCCGAGGAAGGCUCUCAAGUCAGUGACACGGAAACAGUUUUCUCGAAGACCCUUCAAGAUGUUACGUCUUUAAGAACUAAGAGGGAGAGUCAAAAGUUGUCUAAUUCUGUGAAGAAGAGUGCCAGAAAGUCCGUCAUCCUUGAAGCUCCAGAAGCGGACUCUGCUAGGGAAGAUAAUGCUGAUCGUGAAAUACAGGGACAGACAAGAAAGCCAAGUUCUGCUUCGUCGUUAUCCUUUGUCAUGCAUCAAGGCGAUGGAGAUCAGGCUAAUUUCCUGGCGCACAAUAAGUCGCUCAAGAUUAGGGAUGAACCACCUAUUGCGGUUGCAACCGGUAGCUUGGGCCGUACUUCUGACUUAUUGAAGAACGAAAAGUCGUUAACAUUGGACGACAUUCCAAGAAUCGUUGCUGCUGAACAGGCAAGAGAUCAACGUCCAAACGCGUUCAAGCAUCACAACUCAUUGUAUGAGAAGGCUCAGCCUCUCCAAUCGUCCGCUGGCGGAAGUAUUCACCAGUUUAAGGGUCUGCAAGAUGUGAAUGUCGUAAAGAAGCUUCCAGUGCCGGUUAAGAUCAAAUACUACUCCGAAUUAUCGAAAUCUGAGCACUUCAUUUUGCGUCACAUUGCCGUGGAAGCCUUCCUUGCCAUUAGAGAUGACCAUUCAAGAGAAGAUCUUGUCUCGUUGAUCCAGACAAGAAAACUGCCAACCUUCUGGGACAAAUUCAAGUUCGGUGGAGGCGAAAAGAGUAAGGCUAUGAAUGUAUUCGGUACUGAUCUCCAAGAAUUGACGAAGCGCUAUGGUGUUGAUUCUGACUUGGGAGUUGGCCCUGCUCAACUUCGUAUUCCCAUUGUGGUUGACGAUGUGGUCAACUCAUUGAGGAAGAAGGAUAUGUCGGUUGAAGGUAUUUUCCGUUUGAACGGUAACAUCAAGAACUUGAGAGAAUUGACAGAACAGAUUAAUAAAAACCCUCUCAAGUCUCCAGAUUUCCACAAUUACUCGGCUGUCCAGUUGGCUGCACUUUUGAAGAAAUGGCUCAGAGAGUUACCAAAUCCUUUGCUCACUUUCAACCUUUUUGAAUUGUGGAUUUCCUCCAGAAAGACCAAUGACAGUAUCUUGUGCAAGAGAAUUUUGCAACUCACAUACUGUAUGCUUCCUAGGAGUCACAGAAACCUUCUCGAAGUGCUCCUCCAUUUCUUCAGAUGGGUCGCCUCCUUCGCAUCUACCGACGAUGAUUCAGGGUCCAAGAUGGAUACCCACAAUUUAGCUACGGUGCUUGCGCCUAACAUUCUUAUUUCCAAGAGCCAAUCUGCCGAAGGUCCGCCAGUGCAAUCCGGAGAGUCUUACUUUUUGGCCAUUGAAGUUGUCAAUCAAAUGAUUGAGAUGCACGAAGAGUUAGCAGUUAUCCCACCCGAUCUCUGGGAAUUAUUCGAAAGAUGCCAAUUCACCAACACUCCAAAGUUGGAUACACUCAGCUCAAAGGAUAUAUUCAGCAAAGUACAGAAGCAUUCCAAAGAAGACCCCGAGCUUUUCAAAAGGUUCCUCAAGCUUGAGGCAUCCACCAAACCAAGUCAACAGAACACUAUCAAACGAGGCCAAAUGAAAGUGGAUUCUAUAUCGACAGCAAAAUAA